AUCCAUAGUGAUCUCCCAAGAAUGCUUCAUGAAAGUGUUACAAGCCCGGAAGGGGAGCACCAGCACCCAGCUGAAUAUUGAAUCUGAAAUGUCAUCUUCAGAGGAAAGUGUGACCAACCCAGUGGGCUUUACAAAAGAGCAGCUCGAUAUGAAUGAUGAAAGUGACAUCAUCAGUGCACUAAACUACAUACUGCCUUAUUUCUCCAAGGAAAAUCCAGAAGGCAUAGAGGCAACAUUAUUACCAUUCAUUCAGCUGCUUUUUUCAAAAGUCCAAGAGGACGCUAAUCCCUUAGGUGACUCGAACCACAACAGGAGAAACUCUUUUCAACCUGCACGCAACAAUUUACGUUUCACAAAUAAGAUGAAGAAGCUGUAUCUUCUUCAAAAAUUGCUGGAGGAAGGUAACCAGGAAAAAAACAAUGAGGUAAAAAAGGAAGAGAAAAUUCCUAUGCUGCUACAGCCUAGCCAUUUUCUUCCCAAAUUCAGAGGCCAAAUCUUUCAAAAAAAAUCGGAAAAUGCUGAAGCACCAGAAAACAGCCUGGCAGCAGUUGGGCAUGGAAGGAAAAGACUUCAGAGAGUAAAGAGAGAACUUGCGGAGAACACAAGAAAAGCUGUGUCUUCUUCAGAAAAUGGCGUUUUUAUUUUAGAGCAUGCAAACUCUAUAGUUAAAACCAUGGGGGGGAAUAAGCCAAUCAUACAUUCUGGAAAAGUUCACCGUUUUCACAAAAUUCACUCACGUGUGGCCCACAGAACACAGGAGACCAAGCUGAGUGAAAACCUGAGAAAGGAAAGCACACGCAGUACACUACUGCUUGCAAAGAGGCCUCCAUUCCCAGCAGUGAAGAGUCACACCAGCUCCCCUUCACAACAGGUGCUCUCACCUUCAAGAGACCCGAGUAUUCGGGAGAAUCCUGUGUCAGAAUUAUAUGUGCCUUUAGAGACUUUAGCAGAAAGCACCUCUGUAGAAAACCCUGCUACAGAUGAAGAUUUUCAAGCAGUGGAUUUUGGAGGGUAUGUUAGUGUGCCAGAAAGGUCUGUAUCUGAAAAAACUCAGAAGGAUCCUUUGGCCAAAGAGACUGCUGCGACUACACCCGACCUCACACCAGCUGUGAGGCAGGCCAGGGAGGCACGAUGGCAACAACCCAACACGGGGACUGACUCACUCCCCAGGGACUUCACCUCCACACUGCUGUCAGGUGAUCAGUUUGAAACUUACCGAGACCAGCAGCUGGGGCUCCUCAUCCCCAACAAUAACAUCAGAAGGCUGAUUUCUCAGGUCAGCAGGAUCGUAAAAAUGGACUGCUCUGAGGCCCACACGCAGCUGGCCUGUGCCAAGCUCGUCUCUAGGACGGGCCUCCUGAUGAAGCUACUCAGUGAAGAGGAAAAAGUCCAUGUGGCCAAGGCCCUGUGGGAUGCAGAGGAUCAGAAGAGUGAGAAGGACACCAGUGAGAACACAGCAGAGAGCGACCACAAGGACCAGAAGUCAAGAGAGCUUACAAAAGUUCCACAACAUGACUAUUACAAACUGAUCUUGCCAUUAUCUUUCAUGGGAGUGAUGAUUUUGAUGGUAAUUUUCUGCCUAAUCAAGAUGCGUUGUCAUAGAAGAGCUUUACAGGUGGUUGAAAAGCCCUCAAGGUAAAUAUGAGCCUGCUGAUUUUAUUUACUUUUUAUGUAUUUACUUUUUGUCUUUUUGAGAUAUGGUCUCACUGUGCAGUUCAGACUUGAG